CUCUGCCAUAAGUGUCCACCACCACACACUGCUCUACAGCACGACUCAAAGCACUCACCUUCCUGCUCAUUUUCCAACAUCUUAUCACGCGCUAAAAGACAAGGGGAGCAAUGACCGGACAUCACUGGGGAUAUGGGGAGGGCUACGGUCCAGCUGUAUGGCACAAAAACUAUCCCAUUGCUGAGGGUAACCGGCAAUCACCCAUUGACAUAAUACCAUCACAAGCAGCAUAUGAUGCCAGAUUGUCUCCUAUCUCACUGUCUUACAAUAACUGCACUUCUGUCAGCAUAUCAAAUAAUGGCCACUCUGUGGUAGUGGAGUUUGUUGACACAGAUGAGAGAUCAGUGAUACAGGGAGGUCCCCUGAGCAACGUUUACCGACUUAAACAAUUUCACUUCCACUGGGGAGGCAAGGGUUGCAGUGGCUCGGAGCAUACGGUUGAUGGGAAGACCUACGCUUCAGAGCUUCAUCUGGUUCAUUGGAACGCUGUAAAGUACAAGACGUUUGGUGAGGCCGCACAAGCACCUGAUGGCUUGGCUGUCCUUGGUAUCUUUCUGGAAACAGGUGAUGAGCACAAAAGUCUUAAUAAGAUAACCGAUUCCUUGUAUAUGGUUAAAUUCAAGGGAAGUGUUGUUGAUUUUAAGAACUUCAACCCAAUGUGCCUCCUGCCUAGUAGUUUGGAUUUCUGGACAUACCCAGGCUCUCUCACCACUCCUCCAUUAUAUGAAAGCGUGACAUGGAUUGUACUGAAGGAACCUAUUUUUGUGUCUGAAAAACAGAUGGGAAAAUUCCGGAUGCUGCUUUUUAACGAAGAGGAGGAAGAGGAUCGUAAAUGCAUGGAGAACAAUUUUCGACCACCACAGCCAUUGAAAGGCAGGAAAGUGCAGGCUUCUUUUAAAUAGCUUGGCUGCUCAUUGGUAUUCUGAACCCUUCCAGACCUCUAAUUCUGAUCUCGGCUCUGACAAGAUUGAUUGACACAACACAAUAUUACUCCUUGAAUGUCAAAACAAAUAUCAUUCUGCAUGCUUUUAAAUUCAGGUACAUUAACAAAGCUGCAAUAAUAGAGGAAUAUUAUAAAUUAAUGGAAUAAUAGGGAUUGCAGACAUGUGCUUGUUAAUUAGAAGAAUGUCACUACAGAGAAUUGUAAAGAUUAGCUGCUAUCUCAUGAUAGUUUUUGAUAUGUAUAACUGAUGCUCCUUGUAAAUUCAGUUUUUGUGUAUGUUUUAAAGUUCUUUUUAACUUCUCAAUUAAGAGAUGAGUGAAGAGAUGACCUCAAACAUGGUGUAGUUUGACUCUGAUGCUGAGCUCUUAGAAUCUAAAGCUCUUCAUGCUUCGAUGUUUUCUCAUCCACCUUGAUCAGGCUUGUGCAAACAGUCCCUAUUUCAGAUAUCUGAGAUAUUUGUGCUUUCAAAGGGUCUGAGCUGGUGGGUCAGAUUAGCUGGCUGCUGUCUGCUUUCUCAACUCUAUAGGAAAGGAUUAAAAAAAGGAACAUGAAAUUUAACCUGUUAGUCUACUACACCAAAGUAUCUUUGUUAGUAUCUGGUGUCCAGUAUACGUAAGGUGACCAGAUUCCUUGUGGAAAACGGGACAGUCCUCUCCCAGCAAAAAUGAAAAUUGAAGUAUCCUUACCUAGGCGCUGAUCAAUGCAAAGUGGAGGAAGCAUCCUCAUCUGUAACUGUUCUCGCCUUGUACUUUUAGCUAGCAGCAAUUUUUCCUCAGUGUGUGUCUUUCUUUCAAGAGUGUAUUGUAUAAUGCAGAGUAGUCCAGUCCAAAAUUAAGAUGUGCGAAAAGCAUUGCCUUCAUGAUUGUUACACUGAGUCAAGAUUUAUCUGGUGUCCAUACUGCGUUCAUUAAUGAGAACACACUCUCCAUAGAUGCAGAUGUCUCCACGACCUUGGCUAAGACUCUGAAGUUGAUGGUCUUGCUCUCCAGAUCUCGAAAAAUGUAUUUUUAUCUCUGUCACCGCUGUCUUGUUCAUGUUCCACUCAGAUAUCCGACGAGUGACGAUUGUUUUCACGCAAACCCACUUAUCAAAGAGUGUGGUGUCGUCAAUCAAACUGAGAGUGGGGAUUCUGUAGUAGAAGUGUUUGAGGCUGCCCUGAAUGUCUUUCCACUCUGGGAUGUCUCUCAGUAGGGCCCACUGAAGUUUUUCUGUGUUCUCCAUUUUUUUUUUCAAAUGUAAUCACUUUUAGAUGAUCCUCAUUAAAUGUAAUUUUUCAGCCGCAAUGUCAUCUGUGUGCUCUUUCAAACUGUAUCUUCAAUCAGUUCACUAACUGGACGUCUAUUGAUAGGGGAUUGUGAUUGGAUAGUUUAAUCCAAUAAUAUACUUCAUUAACACAUUGUGAUUGUAUUGGUUUUACAAGCUGUAUCCUUGGCUACCUAUGAUAAGAAUACUCACAUUACUGAGAAAGCCGCAUAGGCGAUAGAUAAAUUGUAGGAGAAGGGAAAUACAGGACAACCCGAUUUUUUUCAGAAUAAGUUGGGUCACUAGAAAAAGUGCAUAAAUACGGUACUGUCCCAGGAAAAACUGGAUUUCUGGCCACCUUAAGUAUACGGUUUAUAGAAAGGAAAAUGGUGAGCCUGCGCCCACUGCAGCCACAGCUUUCUGUUCUUGGCAGACAGAAGUGGAACCUGACAUGGUCUUCUGCUGUUGUAGCCCAUCCACCUCAAGACUCUGAAAAGUUAAUGAAUUCACUGGAAUGUAUGUCUGAUAUAGAGAGUAGAUAGCAUUACUGUUGUUCAGACAUCAGUUGUUCAGACUCGAUGGAGGAACUCUUUGCAGGCCUUUUAUCAGGACUGCCCUGCUGUCAUUGUAGUGAAAUAUGUUCCUUCGUGUUUUCAGUAAAGGCUAAUCAAUGCAUUUACAGUAAUACAAGGGUAAUGUGGGAAGGUCAAAAUGACUGCUGGAUUACACUGGUCAGAAAGAGAGAAUACAAUAAUAAUAAAAAAGCUAAAAUUCCUAAUGGGGUCUCUGGCAUGGCUGUAGGAGAAUUACUGAAGCUGGUCUGCUCCUUAUUUAGACUCGAAUGCUGGACAACAUCCAGCUAACACUGCAGGGAUUUAUUUUUCUUCUAUUUGGUGGCAGGGAGGAUUUCAUAUAUUUAAUAUAAUAUUUAUGUUUUAUGUCAGUAAGUACAAAAUAAAAUUCAUUGUUGGCUGUAUGUUGAGAAUGAAAUUGUUUCAUUUUUUGCCCUUCUAGAAAGAGGUGAUGUGUAAUAAAAUGUACACAAAACAUUUGAA